CUUCUUCUUCUUUAGUUGAACUGAACAUGUUUAAAGCUGUCUUGAUCUUAAGUAUCAUCUUGUGUAUGUCUAACUUGGUUCAUGCUGGGCCUGCACUCUAUGGUUUAUGCCAAACUGGAUGCAACACACUUGUUGUUGCCUGCUAUGCAGCAGCAGGUUUCGUGUUUGGCACUAUUACGGCUGGAGCAGGUACUCCUCUUGUGAUUUUGGGUUGUAACUCUGCUCAAGGCGUUUGUAUGGCUGCUUGUGCUGCCGCUCUUCUUGCGCCAACACCCUAACUAUUCCUAUUGGCAUAUUUGAAAUGUAUUAGCUUCUGGUUCAUCGUCGUUUCUCUUUUUCUUAUCAUUAGCUAGCCUUGUUUUCUAAUAAAUUGCCUCAAAUACAAUAAAACCAUGAA